CUCAGGGAACUGAAAGUAGAGGGAGAUGCACCGAGACAAUUGCGGAUACGUGGAUUAGACACUACAGCGGGAAGGAAAUAUGUAAGCAAGCGUUUGGAACGACACCUGAAAUUCUAGGAGAACCAGGAUUUUCGUUUAAUUUCUGGAUUGUAAUUAUUUUUUUCUCGUUAACCUUUAUUUGGACAUUAUCUUCGACACAGCUUUGCAAACAUGAGCGAGGAAAUGCAAGAAAUACCAAGGGAACUGCUAGAAAGCAUAAAGGAUGCUGUGGGGAGGAAGAUCAAGCUUUCCCUGAGGAAGAGAGUGAAACUGGAAGUCAAAGGCGACAAGGUGGAAAACAAAAUCCUGGCUCUUGCAUCCCAUCGGGCCUACCUGCUUACAGCUCGCAUCCCUGCCAAGGUGGAACAAUCCUUCAAUUACUUGGAGAUACAAGGAAUUACCUGUAACAAGCAAGCUCAGUUUGCAGUGGAGUGUGACAGAGGUGUGCUGUCCAUGCGGCUGGCUUCAUCUGAGGAUGUGAACGAGGUGGUGGCCCACAUAGGGACCUGUCUUCAGGCGAUCUGCCCCGGCCUUUCGCCCAUAAAAGUGAUGAAGAAGCUGGUAAUGGAUCCGCCAGAGCGGACUUUGAGUCUGCAGGCAUUGUGGGAGAAUCAAAAUGUGGCAGAAGCUGGACCAUGUGGGGGCUUCUCUCAGAUGUACAAGUGUGUGUGUGACUGGCUGGGACUUCCCUACAGGGAGGAAGUUCAGUGGGACGUGGACACAAUUUAUUUAACACAGGACACACGGGAAUUAAACCUACAGGAUUUCAUUCAUCUUGAAAACAGGGAUUUGGUGGCCAUUAUUGCAGUUCUGGAACUUAACCAGUGGUUCACAAAACUCUCCAUCAAGGAUUACAAACUGCCCACAGACGUGUGUGACCAGAUUUUGCGUGUUGUGGCCCGGUCCACUCGGCUGGAAGAAUUGGUUCUGGACAAUGCUGGACUCAAAACUGAUUUCGUACAGAAGCUGGCCAACACCCUUGCCAGUAACCCAAACUCAGGACUUCACACCAUCAACCUCGCCAACAACUCUCUGGAAGAUAGAGGCAUUUACUCUCUGAGUGUGCAGUUUGCCAAACUCCGAACUGGGCUCAAGCAUUUGAAUCUAUCAAAAACCUCAUUAUCACCCAAAGGGGUGAACAGCCUUGCCCAGUCUCUGAGUGCCAACCAGUCCAUGCUUAACUCCCUCACACACCUCGAUCUCUCUGGGAAUGUUCUUCGAGGAGAUGAUCUCCCAAAUCUGUACCAAUUCCUCGGCCACCCAAACAACUUGACCAGUCUGGAUCUGUCCAAUAGUGACUGCUCUCUGGACCUGGUGUGUUCUUCACUCCUGCGAGGAUCCAUCGAACACCUCUCAGUCCUAAAUGUGUCAAAGAGCAUCUUCUCUCACAGGAAAGGCAAAGAAGUCCCACCCUCUUUCAAGCAUUUUUUCAGUAGCGCCAUGGCCCUGAAAAGCAUCAAUGUGUCUGGAACCAAACUACCCCCCGAAGCACUCAAAGCACUUUUACUUGGCCUUGCCUGCAACCCCAAUCUUAAGGAAGUGUCCUUGGAUCUUAGUGGCUGUGAGUUGAGGUCAGCAGGCUCUCAGAUUUUGGAGGGCUGCAUAGCAGAGAUCCCCAAUAUCUCAAACCUGGAUAUUUCAGACAAUGGACUGGACUCUGAUCUCACCACCCUACUUGUAUGGUUGGCCAAAAAUCGAUCCAUCCGACAUCUCUCACUCGGGAAGAACUUCAACAACAUCAAAUCAAAAAAUUUGGCGCCUGUCUUGGAUAACUUGGUGCACAUGAUACAAGAGGAGGAAUCGCCUCUGACGUCCCUGUCACUGGCCGACUCUAAGCUGAAGAGUGACCUGACCAUCGUUCUGAACGCCCUGGGCAGCAACACCUCUCUAACCAAAGUGGACAUCAGUGGGAACGGGAUGGGAGACAUGGGGGCCAAGAUGUUGGCCAAAGCCCUGCAGAUUAACAGCAAGCUCAGGACGGUCAUCUGGGACAAGAACAACGUCAGCCCUCAGGGCCUGCAGGAUGUUGCGGCUGCCCUGGAGAAGAAUUUCACCAUCCGUUUCAUGCCCAUCCCCAUCAUCGACGCCUCCCAGGCCCUCAAGGCCAGCCCAGAGAAGACUGAGGAUGCGCUGCUUAAGAUGGAGAGCUAUCUGUUCCGAAACCACGAGACCCGGAGAUACCUCCAAGAGCAGGCCUACAGGCUUCAGCAAGGCAUUGUCACGACGACCACGCAGCAGAUGAUGGACAGAAUCUGUGUCAAAGUUCAGGACCACCUCAACUCCCUGAAGUUCACCGAGAUGGACGCUGUGCAAGAGGACAUGAAGGUGGCGGAGAACCUCAUGAAGGACGCAAGAAAUUCCAAGACUCUCCUGCGCAACCUGUACCAUCUGGGGUCAGCCUCACAUGGGCCCAUUACCGGCCCGUCUGCUGGCCCCAUCCAGGACAAACUGGAGUCCAUGGCUGGGGAGGUGACCAGGGUGAUGGAUGAGCAACUACAGUCCUUGCUAGAGAGCAUGGUGGACGCCGCUGAAGCUCUCUGUCCCCACGUGAUGAAGAAGGCCAACCUGAAGCAGGACCUGAUCAAGGCCAGCGCCGGCAGGGUGGUCGUCCCGCGCGGCUUCGUCAAGACCACCCUGCUGGAGCAGUCCGGCGUAGACAUCAUCAACAAGAUCAGCGAAGUAAAGCUCAGUAUGGCCUCCUUUCUGUCUGACCGCAUAGUUGAUGAAAUUUUGGAGUCCCUCUCCGGCUCCCAGCACACACUGGCAGACCACCUGGCCAGGAAAGGGCAGCCCUUGCUGCACCAGGUGUCUGUGGAGACGGAGGUCCCGGAGGAGAAGGUCCCGAAGCGUGCCAGCCCAGAGCACAAUGAGACAGAGCGGCUGGAUGAGCUAGAGGCCUGCAUGAUGACACCCAAAUCCAAGAGGAAAAGUAUUCAUAGCAGAAUGCUGCGGCCAGUCUCCCAUGCCUUUGAGAUGGAGUUUGACCUUGAUAAGGCUCUGGAGGAUGUGCCCAUUCACAUCGAGGACCCUCCCCCUACGCCCAAACCGGAAAAGAGGACCUCUGAGGUCCUGUGUGAGCUGCCGUCUGAGGAGGGGAGGAAACUGCAGCACUACACCAAGCUCCGGCCCAGGAGGAACAAAAAGACCCAUCCCAGCAAGGCUCCUAUCAGCAGUACGCCGUCACAGGAGAGUGAGCAGAACGGCCUCCUGGGAAGGCUGGAUGAGGGCGUGGAUGAAUUCUUCUUCAAGAAAGUCACUAAGCUGGAGAUGAAACGGCCCUCCUUGAAGAGUUCUCUCUCUCAUGAGGGAGACAAGAAGCGCGAUUCCCGCAAGAGCGGCUUCCUCAACCUCAUCAAGUCUCGCUCCUCCAAAUCCGAGAAGAACCACCCGGCCGCCGUGGCGACAGCAGCCGCGGUAACCGAGGCGCCGUCCUCCCCGAAGGUUCCGGCCAGAUGCCCCGCCCCCGAGCCGAGCCCCAAGGCCCCGUCCGUGGACCACAGCAGCAGCUCGGACCGCUCUGAGGAGCUGAAGACGCCCGACUCCGUGGACGAGCACUCAGAGAGUGAAGGCAGGGCCAGCCCCCAGGGCGGGCGUCGCUACGGGGUGCAGGUCAUGGGCACCGGUCUCCUGGCAGAGAUGAAGGCCAAGCAGGAGAAGAGGGCAGCUGGCACCCAUAAGACGCCAAACCCCUCCGCCAGCGCAGACAGGCCAGAUGGAGGUGAGACAGUUAAAGGGCUCAGCACUCCACCGGAAAGCCACGUAUCAGCGCCAGUCAAAGGUGAGGGAGGCGUGGCCUCGGCAGAGAAGCCCGCACGGGUUGAGGGAAAGCCAGAGGCGGCGCCCAGGACCCGCAGCACCCCCUCCAGCCCUAAACCCUCCCCUCAGGCCCCCAGACCCUCCCUCAGCGCCCGCCCAGCUGUACCCCAAAAGCCUCGUACCAGCAGCAGCAGGAGCAUAGAUGAAGGUCCAGAAUCCCCAGGUGGGAAUGUUUCUCCAAAGGUGUCACUGCCUCCCCACGGCCUAAAGAGGGGACCCUCAGACAAGGAAAAGGAAGGGCAGAGCAGCCCUCUCCUGGGUGGGUCUGGGAACCGGGUGUUGGUUCAAGAAGUGGAUCUGUCGGGAGACGGUAGCCCGUUUGACUCCGAUCAGGAGACAGACAAGCCCGUGCCUGCAGUGAGAAUCAGAUCUGCGAGGCAGUGUUCCACCAGCACUGCCCAGGAAGUGGACGAGGAGGAGCGCAGGAAGUCCCUCCCCAGACCUGUAAGGCCAGCCUCCGUGGCAGACGUCGCUCAGCACCAGAGCCACAAAGAUGAUGACCUGGAGGACGCUGGCACCAAGACCACGGACGGGUCCCCUGACAAGGACAAGGACAAGGACAAGACCCAAGACGGGAAGUCUGCAGCCUCUGUAGAGGAAGCAGACAAAGAUUUAACUUCGUAAAUUAGAAAAAAAAAAAUAUGAAAAAAGGGAAAGGUCGGGGCCAUCCUGUCUCUGUCUGGAAUCAGACUACCUGCUAAUUGCACCCUCUGCCUUCUUUCCUCUCCUCUAAGGCCAGAUGGAUGAAAUACUGUGCAUAUUGUUCUUUGUAAGAGAUGCAGAGUAGCAGUAUGAUGUGUGAUGCAUUGAGAAGGCUGAGCUACAUUAUCUUCAAUAACACUUAACAAAAGGGAAAUGAGGCUUUAAAAUGGCUUUAUAAUAGACAUGACAUUUGUUCACUGUGCAACAAUAAAUCUCUCAAAUGGUCUUCCUAUUUUAUUAUUCAGCCACAACUGAACAGGCACUGUUCAACACAUGCAGCUACCGUGCCCUGUAUUGGUAAAGCGUUGUUACUGCUAGAGCUGCUCACUCAGUGUGAGUCCUUUGUGAGUCCUAACUGAUUUUAGGGCCCGUUUCUGGUUGCAGUCAUACAUCAAAUGGCAAUAAAUUGAACUGAUGUAGCUAGAACCUAUCAAAUGCACAGCACUGACUGUACUCCCUCUGUUGGUCCCUUUAGCCAGCUGCAGUGUUCGGGCUCCAACAAGAGAACGCACAAUACAGAACUUUAAUAUUAAACCUUGUUGGCUUGAGGUGGCUCAGUUUCACACUUGUACUGUAUGAGCCUUUAAGCCCACAGUCUAGCACAUUCACUGUGUAUGUGAAAACUCUUUUUGUCUUACAUUCAACCCUAAAAUUAGUGUUCUUUUUCAGUGUUCGUGACCACAAAGUAAAUGCACAUAUGUUUUACAUUCUUUGGGCCCAGAUUGGAUUGUUUCAGCUUGGCUAAGUAGAGGGCCUGUUGUCUUCUUGGAAAGUGAUGCAGGACAGUUAAAUCAAGUUCAGUAAAAGUGCCAGGAAACAAAUGUGUUUCAGUGGUCACCCUGAGACCAAACAAUCUCUAGCUUAUAGAGACUGGUUUUAUGUUGUUUUCUUUCAGCAGCUUACAUCAAAUCAAUUACAGUGCGACUUCUCCCAGUAUUGUUUUUUGAAAUUAUUUGGCACAUAUAAUCUUAAUGAAAAGAAAAUAAUUGAAUGCGAUUGUAUGGAGAUAUACUGCCAAAAAGUAGGCAAAGUAUUGACUGGAGCAUUUGUGUGUCAGAUAUGCAUGUGAGGUACAGUAUAUGUAUAUAUGUGUAUUCAUAUAUCUGUGUGUAUAUAUGCAUGUGUAAUAUAUACAUAACACGUUUACAUGCAGUAAUAUUUAUGCAUACACAUAUUGUGUACACAAUCCUUAUAUUGCUAUGAUACUAAGCACAUUACUAAAUACAUCGGGGUUUAUAUUUAUAAUUUAUUAAUAUAAAUAAAUGGGGGCAUGGUGAUGGUUUUUUAACCCAUACAAGGGAGCUUUUUUAUCUGGAAAAAAACUGUACAUUGAAUUAAUAAAUUGAUUAUGAUCAAUUGAUAAUGAGGUGAAUCAUUGUGCAGGAGGCACAAUUGCUGUCUGUUAAUCCUAGAAGCAAGGACUGCUGUUCAUUUAUCGAGAAAUGGUUAUUGUGCUUUGUUUUGGUGAUCAGAUUUUUUAUAAUGCAAUCUUAUACUCUUUUGUGGAAAAACAGAAUCCUUUUCAUAUUUCAUUGA